UUCCAAGGCUGUGGGCACAGUUGUGUUGAAUGCAGGUACUGGGAGUCAAAUUAUCCAGCUGUUCCAGGAAAAGGGCACACAUAAGGUUCUAUAUAUAUCCUACAUAUUACACAGUCGGGAUGUUCACCCCACUUUGCAUACAGGCGUAUUGGAAGAUAUUGACCAAAAUGCAUGUACUAGUAUGUUAGAUAUUAACAGAGUAUAAUGUUUACUGUGUGGUCAGUAUUGGUCAUCUAUCAGGCAGAUUAUUUUGUGGAUGCUGAGGCAGAUACAGCUGAGAGUGCCUGCACAUCUGCUAAGGAGGAGAAGCUGAGGGGCACCAGCAGCACUGUACCGUACCUUGCCACCCCUACAGAUUCCAGCCUUGGUGCCAGUGCCAGUGCCACUACUACUCCUACAACUCCUCCGACUACUACAAGUCAUAUUGACUGUGGCACCUGCCCUGCGGGUGUCAACUUGUGCUGCCGCGACACUGGCAAACUGGAGCUGAAUGACAGUAACAACAAAUCAGAAAAGUUCUGUGAAGAUGAUCAUUGUCGAGAGACAGAAGCAGAAGAUGGUUUAAUGAAUCAUCAUAAAGAGGCUAGCACGUUAACAGACGUGUGUAAUGUUGGAAACCUCCCAGAAGUAGAGAUAUUGAGUUUGAUUGAGGAGAAAAUACCCAAGUAUCGGCUGCGAGCGGACACCAUUACAUCAUUUGCUGGCUACGAGAACGAGGAUUGGAUCCAAACCCCCAUUAUACCUCAUGACAUAGAGCUAGAUCUCACUGAGGAACAGAUAGAGGAGACAUUGAAGUAUUUCGUUUGUAAAGGAAGCUCUGUGCAGGUGAACAACAACACGCCACCUACUCUAGACAUCAUUUGCAGUGAUGAUAUGGACAAACAAAAGUACCUUUCCAGUUUGUCAGAAAAUGUCUGUCUUUUCAUGGAAAAUAACAAUGUCAUAGCAGAGAGUGAGAACAGUGUCAGCGUCCUAUGUUCGGAGCGUUUGACCCAGAUGACAAGAACAUACAAUGAUAUUGAGGCUGUGACAAGACUACUUGAAGAGAAAGAGAGAGAUUUGGAGUUAGCAGCUCGUUUAGGUCAGAUCCUAUUAGAUGAAAAGAAAGAACUUGCAGCAAAAAAUGAGCACUUAGAAGAACAAUUGGCUGCUACUAUUGAAAAAAACAAACAAUUGAGUCAUGACAUUUCUAUGAAAGAUGACCUCCUGAGGAUUUACACUCAAGAUGGUGACACAGAUUCCAAUGGGUGUUCCCCUACCAAAGACAGGCAGGGGUUAAGUGCACACCUGCACAACUUUGACACCUUACAGAAGAAGCUGAGGUCAGUGGAGGAGGAGAACUUUCGACUCAGAACAGAGGCUGUACAUUUAGAGACAGAAACCAUCAAUUAUGAAGAAAAAGAACAGCAACUGGUCAAAGACCUGCUCAGGGAAAUGGGCACCAAGGAGAAGGAGUUUGGUGCCUUGGAGGAACUCCUUGCCAGGAAGACGGAGGAGGCCAUGCGGCAACAAGAGGAGAUCACCAACCUGCUGGCUCAGGUGGUGGACAUGCAGAAGAAAAAUAAAGAGCUUGUGAUAGAGAAUGCAGAGCUGCAGAAGCACCUGCUGGCUGCACAGGAUGCACAGAAGGACCUCACAGAAGAGAUUCAAGAGCUUGAUGAUAAAUAUCAAGAAACACUAGACAUGCUUCAUGCUGCCCAGGAAGAUAUUCGGCUGCUGCGUAGUAAGUCUCGUCCACGGGCCAUGCGGCAGCACUACAGUGCAUUCUCACCAUACUUCCCUCGAGAUUCCUUAGCGUCAGAGCUGGAGAGCAGCCUGAAGAAUGAGUACCAGUAUCCAGAUGGGAACUCCCCAUCAGAUAGAAAUGAUCACAACUGGCGUGUAAUGCAGACAUACAGGUAUGCUAGGAGGGCUACCAGUCGUGGCCUGAGCAGUAGAAGUAUGAGUCAAACCCCAGGAUCUGGCAGCGAGUCCUGUGACUCCCCUGUCCCGACUUCCAGUCGAAGCUCCAUGUAUCUCUCUGAGGGAGAGUCCAUACCCAAUGAUGGCUAUGCAGCUGAUUCAGACAGUACUUACGGUACAUCAAGCAGUAGGACACAGUUAGGAAGGCCUGGGAUUCCAGGUUCCAAUGAUCUGGAGACAGCUUUGAGAAGGCUGACACUACGCAGUCAGACGGAACAAGCUUAUCUGGAGGGAGAGAAGGAGAGGAGGGAAAGGAGCAAAGACAGGCAGGGGUUAAGUGCACACCUGCACAACUUUGACACCUUACAGAAGAAACUGAGGUCAGUAGAGGAGGAGAACUUUCGACUCAGAACAGAGGCUGUACAUUUAGAGACAGAAACCAUCAAUUAUGAAGAAAAAGAACAGCAACUGGUCAAAGACCUGCUCAGGGAAAUGGGCACCAAGGAGAAGGAGUUUGGUGCCUUGGAGGAACUCCUUGCCAGGAAGACGGAGGAGGCCAUGCGGCAACAAGAAGAGAUCACCAACCUGCUGGCUCAGGUGGUGGACAUGCAGAAGAAAAAUAAAGAGCUUGUGAUAGAGAAUGCAGAGCUGCAGAAACACCUUUUGGCUGCACAGGAUGCACAAAAGGACCUCACAGAAGAGAUUCAAGAGCUUGAUGAUAAAUAUCAAGAAACACUAGACAUGCUUCAUGCUGCCCAGGAAGAUAUUCGGCUGCUGCGCAGUAAGUCUCGUCCACGGGCCAUGCGGCAGCACUACAGUGCAUUCUCACCAUACUUCCCUCGAGAUUCCUUAGCCUCAGAGCUGGAGAGCAGCCUGAAGAAUGAGUACCAGUAUCCAGAUGGGAACUCCCCAUCAGAUAGAAAUGAUCACAACUGGCGUGUAAUGCAGACAUACAGGUAUGCCAGGAGGGCUACCAGUCGCGGCCUGAGCAGUAGAAGUAUGAGUCGAACCCCAGGAUCUGGCAGCGAGUCCUGCGACUCCCCUGUCCCCACUUCCAGUCGGAGCUCCAUGUAUCUCUCUGAGGGAGAGUCCAUACCUAAUGAUGGCUAUGCAGCUGAUUCGGACAGUACUUACGGUACAUCAAGCAGUAGGACACAGUUAGGAAGGCCUGGGAUUCCAGGUUCCAAUGAUCUGGAGACAGCUUUGAGAAGGCUGACACUACGCAGUCAGACGGAACAAGCUUAUCUGGAGGGAGAGAAGGAGAGGAGGGAAAGGAGGACCAGUGGCGGCUCCUCCACCCCAACACAGUCUCACACUCCAGACAGCCUGAUGUCUGGGGGCAGUUUCUCUGGGAUGUCUUCGUGGUCUGGGUAUGCACUACAUGGCGGAGGCUAUGCGCCUGGCUUCAGGAUUCCAGAAAAACUACAGAUAGUCAAACCCAUAGAAGGUUCAGCCACCUUGCACCAGUGGCAAAGGUUAGCCACCCCCCACUUGGGUGGGAUAUUUGAGGAGCGCCCAGGAGUGCAGACAAAAGGGGAGAGGAAGCUGGAUAUGGAAGAAGAGGUCUACAGUCUCAGUGACUUUGAGGAAGAUGAGGUCUGCAACCCCGGAAAGUGCUGUGAGCUUGCCAGCUUCACCUUCACACUCACAGACUCGAAAAUCAUCCAUCCUGACCAGAAUUAUGCCCCUGUGGCAGAAACUGUGGUCACCUCUAGCGCCAAAGGCUCAAUAAGCUCUGUGUCUUCAGUGCCAAACCUACUCAGUCCACAGGGGAACAAAGGUACUUCUACCUUUAGCAUGUCACUGGGCCUGGCAGCCACACUGCAGGAGCGGGGCAUAACAGCAGCAAAGACUUGGGAAGAAACACUUUUGAAUCAGCAAGGGAAACAAACACUUGGUGACAAGGAUGGUUUGGACAAACCAACAGAAGGCAGCCCUAUAAGAUAUAAUUACUCUCUCAGCAACUUGCCAGGAAGAUUCCCAAGUAUUGUGACUGAGACAAUUUAUGAUGCUACCAAGAUGGCGUCUCGCUCCAGCGCCAUCUAUACUAGUGCAACAACGAAUUGUACCUACAGCACCACAGCAUCUGGACUGUCUUCCUUUCCUAGUCUUGGAUCGAUGAUGUCUUCAUCCGCCAGCACUGGCUCUUUAGCCAGCAGUUCUGUCACAAAACCAGCCUCAGCAUUAGACCUUACUCAUGUCAGUAUCAUGGAUAAAAUAUUGAACAUUGGUAUCAGUAGAAUAAUGACAUCAGACAGUAAUGAUGACAUCAAAAAGGACUCCACAGGAUCACACCAUGAUCCUCACAAUUCCAAGCCCCCACUAGCACCUCUCAGUAUUCAGAUCGAUUCCCCAACUGAGACCCAAGGGAGCAAAGAACCAUCUACCCCGCCAAACUCCCCAACAUUCAUGAUCUCCAAUCCAUUAUUACAGCUGAAUAAGCUUCAGUUUGCCAGAGGCCCUGAGCUUGGGAUUUACGGAAGCAUGCCUGGAGUUAACCCCAGGAAAAUAUCCAAAUCCAAAACCCAUGAAGAAUUGGGAGCAACCGGUGGGCACUAGUACAUUACUGUUUAUGAGUUAAAAAACAAAGAAAUGAAAAACACUAAGUAAUAGUUGAUUGCACUAUGUUAAGCAAUAGGAAACCAUUGCCUAUGGGGAAAAAUAUUGAUAUAGGAUAUUGUAAACAUAGGAGGCCCUGCAGUCUUACUUUCUUGCACAUCAGUGUAUACUUUGCUAUAUAUAUAUAUAUAUAUCCUGCACAUGACUUUUUAUAAGCAUAUAAUAAGGCAGUGAAAACUACUAUUAAAGCAGAUUUAUCAAAAGACUGUAAAAUAAGCAAUUUUAAUUCAUGUGCACUGUUGUAUUGUUUUACAUGAGAGGUUAAUGUGAGGAAAUGAUUGUGGAUUUUAGACAACAAGAAUGUCUCUAGUCAUUUUAUGUUUAACUUAUCUAUGCUUAUGUUUUUGGUAUCAGCAGGGUAUGUCCUAAUUUUUUUAUGCAUCUGCUUGAAUUUUUAUUAUGCAAGAUCAUGCUACAAUAGCUUUAUACUUAUUUGUAUAUUGCAAAUUUUGUUGCAAGUGUAAAUAGCUGAAAGUUUAAGCUUAUCAUUGUGGUGACAUUUAUCCCAGUUGUACAAUUGUACAUAUUUCUGGAAGAUUUUUAUUUGUAAAUGGUCUUAUGUAGUUUUGUUAUUGUUAAUUUUUUUUAUCAGGGAUAGGACCUCGAAGGCAUUCCUGUCUCAAACUGAAUGUGAUACUUGCUAAAAUGGAUAUUUCAGGCUCAAUUAGACACCUUGAUUCAAUAAAAAAAAA